UCAGGGCAUGGGCAGAGCAACGGACAGAGACACAGAUUUUCUAUUAUAUUGACCAGAUACUCAAGUGGCCCUUCUAACAAUUAAAAGGCAGAGGAGGCUAAAUCAGGUGGACCAUUCUAGCCAAUGAGAGUGGCAGAUACGCGUGUCAACAACAGGCACAACUUCGAUAUAAAGUGUUUUUUUCUCAAAGUUGCCGGGAUAUCACGUGUUCUACUUAUAUCAGCACGCUCGUAACAACCUAAGCGUUAGGAAACUUAUAUUCGAACAAAUAAACCUCACGUAGCAAAUAAGCCAUUACAUUUUUGGUUGACCAAAUUCGACACUCAUUAACCUCCAUACAAAAACCCCUCGCUUGGUGAGCAAAAAAACAAACAUGCCACAUGCUGGAGAAUACAUAUUUUGGGCCCACUUAUCCCUAAUUUCGAGGCAUAAAUCUGCCCAAAAUCUGUAUUAUCCAGCAGGUGGCGGAUUUUCGUUUUUUUCACUCUCCAAGCGAGGAGUUUUUAUAUGGGCAUGGGCCUCCUUUAUUACCAGAAGAAGCAGAUUAUUGAUGUUGCCUCUGCGCAGCCGCCCCGCCAGUCCUAGUGCGCGAGCCACCCAUUACAUCCAUGUUGUCUACGAAGAGGGAAUCGGCGUCAGCAAUACUGACGGAACGUUGUAGAUGUGUUUUUGUUUAUUCGCAUACAUUUAUCAGAUUUUUUCCACGAGGAAUAUGGAACUUUAAAUGGCUGUCGUGUAUGUAGAAUGAUGUGUUUGCAGUCAGCAACCGUGCUAUUUAUUUUUCUUAAUGUUAUGUAAGAACAUAGACGGCACGCGGCGCCUCUUGUUCCGAAUUGAGUAGUAAUAAUGAAUAACGCGCAAGAUAUGUCUCCUGAUUUUGUCUUGAUGCGCUUGGUUUCUGCGGCUGAAUAUGACCGAUUGGACGAGGAGAAUUUGACGUCGGGCGUUGGAGUGGUUUCCGGAUUCGGGAAAGCUGUCUUGGGUAAUCAUGGCAACAAUAUCAACAAUGGGUUUGAAUUUGAUCCGAACAACCCCACAGCAGGCCCGUCGAUUCCGAGCAAUCCCUCCCCGCACUAUAGUUCACAGGUUGAGAGCCGGGCGGGAGCCCUUGACAGCGGCUUUAUGCUGACUCGACCCUCAGCUUCUGAUGCGCCUCAACCACCCGGAUUUGCCGUGGCUCAGCGCUUCGAUUUCCCUCAUGGCGCGGGCAGAGGCUCGCGGGCUCAGCUCAUGGUGUUUCAGAACCUCCUUACGACAAGCGACGGUAUUUUGGAAUGUGGCCUCGAGCAACCUCCUGGCUUCCAGGUAAGUGAGGCUGAGAAACAGGAAGCCAGUUCUGCCUGUGUCAUGAUGACCAGUGACAACAACAUGGAUGUGCAACACCAGAGGCUUCAGUGGCACCCCAUUAUGAAGCUGUCCAAGGUGGUCGCAGAUGCCGGUGACCUGGCUGGAGAGGGAGAUGGGCUCUGCCACCGGCACCGCCUGGUCACUGACGCCAUGGACUGGCCUCCGCUCCUGGACAAGUCCCUCCGCUUUGGCAUCCUGGACCCCAGGAAGACCUGUUCAACGGGGGACACAAACUACCACCACCACCUGGAUGACACUGUGCUCAACCUGGCCCGGAGGCUGGGGGAGCUGGGCCAGGCCUCGGAGAUGCUGCUGAAGGAGGGAGGAGAGAUGCCUCGCUGUUCCUGUCAGAGCAUCCUGGCUUCGGCAACGGUGGGCAUGGGCCCCGGAGAGGACCCUAGUGAGACCAGUGACGCCCUCCUGGUGCUGGAGGGCCUGGGCUCGGAGGAAGUGGGGGAGCUGGGGAUGGGCGGGGAGGAGUUUAAAGGUGGUGUCCCCAGGCAGGAGGGCGAGACGGAAACGGGGCAGGACGGGCGGGGGGCUUUCUCCAGCGGUUCCCUUACGGGGCUAAUGAGGCAGGUACACAGGCUGGCCGGGGAGGCCUGUGCCUGUGACCCCCAGGUGUGUCCCUCCCCUUUGGAUGCCCUGGGCUCUGCUGCAGCCUUAACAUCGUCUUCCCUGUCUCUGGCCUCCUCUAACACCACGAGACAGCAGGCAGCGGAAGCCUCUGGCACCUUACCUUCACAGGACCCCCCCAGCCAAACCUCCCAAUCCCAGCCCCAAAGCAGGGCCACCACGCCGAAGUUAGGGGUGAUGUUGCAAGCUGCCUCACCCUUAGUAGUAGAGGGGGCAGCAGGGGGUGAGAAGACGACCAGAGGGAAGUCCAGGAAAGGCUCUCUGAAGAUCCGUCUGAGCAAACUAUUUCGGACCAAGAGCAGCAGCGGCUCCAGUCAUCUACUGGACAAGAGGCCCUCGCUGGCCUCCUCCACCUCCUCUGGGGGCAGCCUGAUGGAUGUGUGGGGCUCCGGAUCCACCAGCACAGACCAGGACACAGGGAGCAAACUCCAGCUCUCCAGGCCCCAAAGUGCCUUCUCUCCGGUGGCCUUCGGUCCUGCCUUCACCGGUAAUUGUGAGACUGUGUCCCUGGUAGAUGUGGAUAUUUCUCGUAGAGGGGUGAACUCUCUGCACCCCCCGACACCUCCACCUCCGCCCAGACGAAGCCUCAGUCUGCUGGAUGACUUUGGUGGGCCGCAGCCUGGGCCUUUCCUAGAGAGUGGCGUGGGGGCCUCCAUGCAGUCGCUGCCCCUACGGCCGCCUCCUCCCUCCCAUGCCUUCAUCCAGCAUAGCCUCAGCCUCAAUGAUACGUUCCUGCGGGGUCUCCCCCGGCCCAUCCCGCUGCCUGGCAACGGCCAGAACCCGUCCCGGGUGGACCAGCGCCCCCUGCUGUGCCCACUGAGCCGCCCCGAUGCCAGCAGCUUUGCCACCAGCCUCCGAGAACUGGAAAAAUGUGGCUGGUACUGGGGUCCUAUGAACUGGGAGGAUGCAGAGAUGAAGCUGAAGGCCAAGCCAGAUGGCUCGUUCCUGGUGAGGGACAGCUCUGACCCCCGCUACAUCCUCAGCCUCAGCUUCCGCUCCCAGGGAGUCACACACCACACACGCAUGGAGCACUACAGAGGAACCUUCAGCCUCUGGUGUCACCCAAAGUUUGAGGACCGCUGUCAUUCUGUGGUGGAGUUUAUCGAACGGGCCAUCAUGCACUCCAAGAAUGGAAAAUUCCUCUACUUCCUGCGCUCACGGGUCCCAGGCCUCCCCCCGACCCCGGUCCAGCUACUGUACCCAGUGUCCCGCUUCAGCAGUGUCAAGUCCCUGCAGCACCUCUGUCGCUUCUGCAUUCGCCAGCUGGUCCGCAUAGACCACAUCCAGGAGCUCCCGCUGCCCACGCCCCUCAUAGUCUACCUGCGAAAGUUCUACUACUACGAUCCUGAGGAGGAGAUGUACAUGUCAAUCAAGGAGACGGGGCAGGACACGACCACCCAACCGGCGACUGUCCAGCCGGAGUCUCAAACGUAGCACUUGGAAGAUAAUUGGAUCAAGUUUUUAUACAUGUGGACAGCUUACCUGAAGACUGAUAGUGACUGUAAUUGGGGACAGUCUCGCUCAAACCCUCUUGUGCCAGACUGUGCACCAAUCAGCGCUCUUGGUUGACUCGGUAGCCGGAUGUCUGGGGCAGGGUUUUAGAUGAUCCACCCUCCUCCCUUUUUGAUCGGCCCACAGAAACUGGAGGAGGAGCAGGGGAUGAGGAAACUCCACCCACCCGGCCAGUGAGGAAGAUAUCUGACCACGGGGCUGAACUGGAAGAGCUGACUGACUACUUGCCAUUGUGCUAACUACAGUAAGCCCCCAGCUAAGACUGGACAUCACUGAAACGUUGUGGAACUGUCACAUGUGCUUGAGAAGGAAGAACAUUGCUAAGACGAUAGCUUGAGGGUCGAAGUAUAUGGAACCAAAUCAGUUUGGAAAAAGAUGCACUUGUCCUUUUUUUUAUACCCCUGCUCUGAAAAGGUCUGAAAAAAUGGACCGCUCGUUGUUUGGACCAGAGUAUAAAAAGUUGUCUACUGUAUGUCAGCCAAGACGGAGAAACUGUUCACACCUUUCUGAUGUGAUGCAUUCUCAAGUACAUAGAAAUCUACAUUUUUUGUUGUUGUUUCCUCUUAAUAUUUGGUUGCCACAGAUUUGAUCUGCACCUUUUGAAUUGACUGCGUGAGCUGUGUGUAUGUCUGCGUGCCUGUAUGUGUGUGUAAAUACUGUAUGUUGGCGUUAGCUGUUGGUGGCUAACCAGAGUUAUUUGGUGGCGUAACAUCACUGGAGGAUGUCAUGGUUGGCUUGCAACUCUGGAAUCGAACUGGAAUUCUCUUGCUAUACUGUCAUUGAGCAAAUGCGUUACCAGAACAAAUAAUAAUAAAACUGUUGAUGGAAU